AUGAAAGUCUCUCUUCGCUUGUUGCAGCUCUCCAAGGCUGAACGUUUUGUUCCAAAAUCGGGUGUGUACCCUAAAGGUUUUGCUGUCGGAGGUAUUCACUCUGGAAUAAAAAAGAAUGGAAACUUAGACUUGGCUAUGCUCCACAAUGUUUCUGGCAAUGAAGCUGUCGCUGCUGCUUGCUUCACCCAAAACAAAUUCAAGGCCGCACCUGUUCAAGUUUCUGCAAAGAUCAUCAAGGAAAAGGAUGGCGUCAUCAACUCGUUGAUCAUAAACUCUGGAAACGCCAAUGCGGUUACAGGUACCCAGGGCUUGAAAGAUGCCCAAGAUAUGGUGCGUGUCACUGAUGCUGUCUUGGAGAACUCUGAAGACUCGUCAUUGGUCAUGUCUACAGGAGUCAUUGGCAACAACUUGCCCAUCGACAAUAUUCUCCAGGGGAUUCCCAAGCUUGCACUUUCAAACCUUGGUUCUACGCAUGAGCACUGGAUGAAGUGUGCUGAGGCAAUUUGCACUACUGACACCUUCCCUAAGUUGGUCAGCAAGCAGUUUGAUGUCAAUGGCCACACCUACACGUUGGCAGGUUUGGCUAAGGGCGCAGGAAUGAUCUGCCCCAACAUGGCUACUCUCUUGGGUUUUUUCGCUACUGAUGCUCCUGUCACUUCUGGUGCUUUGAACCAAAUUGUCAAGUAUGCUGUUGACCGUUCAUUUAACUCCAUUUCUGUUGACGGAGACACCUCCACGAAUGACACGAUCGUUGCAAUUGCCAACGGUGCUGCCGGAGGACCAGUUAUUGACGGUACUGCUGAGUGCGCUGAAGCUUUUUCGGUGGUCAGAGCAGAGAUUACUGAAUUUGCCCAGCAAUUGGCCAAGUUGGUGGUCCGUGAUGGUGAAGGAGCUACCAAGUUUAUUACCAUCCGUGUAAAGGACGCGUUGCUGUACAAGGAUGCCAAGUUGGUUGCACUGACUGUGGCCAACUCCUCUCUUGUCAAGACUGCCAUGUACGGAAAAGAUGCCAACUGGGGUCGUAUUUUGUGUGCCAUUGGUUACGCCAAUGUGUCGUCCGGCUCGGUCAACACCGCCGAAACUAACGUCUCGUUCAUCCCUAGCGACGGUUCCGAGACUCUCAAGUUGCUUGUGGAUGGAGAGCCCGAGUUGGUGGAUGAGGCUAGAGCUCUGGAGAUCUUGUCUCAGGAAGAUUUGGAGAUUGAGAUCGAUUUGGGUACUGGUGGUGGCCAGGAAGCUCUGUUCUGGACCUGCGAUUUGUCACACGAGUACAUUUCCAUCAACGCUGACUACCGGUCCUAG